AUGGAACGCCAUGUCAUCGCCGUCGUGCUUCUCCUUUUCGUCUUUUCAUCUCUAGCAGAUGCGGGCUCGGUGGGAGUGAACUAUGGCAGAAUCGCAGACAACUUGCCGUCGGCGUAUAAGGUGGUGCAGCUUCUGAAAUCCCAAGGCUUGGAGCGGGUGAAGGUCUUCGACUCCGACCCGGCGGUGCUUCGGGCCUUGUCAGGAUCCGACAUUAAAGUCACCGUCGACCUCCCCAACGAGCUCCUCUCAGCCGCUGCCAGGUCGCAGUCGUACGCCACCAACUGGGUCCAGCGAAAUGUCGUCGCUUACCACCCCAACACCCACAUCGAAGCCAUCAGCGUCGGUAACGAGCCACCCGUCCGCAAGCAAUGCGUUUCGCUCCUCACCCUGCUGUCUAACUCCCACGGCGACGCCCUUGCUCCCUUUUUGUCUAAGAUGAUCUCCACCGACGUCCGUCGUCUCUGCGACCUCGACUCCGUCGUCCGAUCCGCUUGCGUGGAGGCAGUUUCCACCAUGUCGUCCAAGAUCACGACGCCGGCUUUUUCGUCGUCGUUCUUAAAACCAUUGAUGGAUGCUCUGGCGACGGAGCAAGACUUGAACUCUCAGAUCGGCUCGGCGCUGUGUCUGGCCGGCGCGAUCGAUUCCGCGCCUGACCCGGACCCAGUUCAGCUGAAGCGGAGCUUGCAGCGGCUCGGGAAGUUGGCGAAGAGCGAGAGUUUCAAGGCCAAGGCGGCGCUGCUGGUGCUUGUUGGGAGCAUUGUUGGUGCAGGUGGCGCGUCUAGCCAAGGCACGUUGGACUGGCUUGUGCCCUGCGGGGUUGAGUUCUUGAGCAGCGAGGACUGGACAGUGAGGAAGGCCGCGGCCGAGGCGCUUGGGAAGGUGGCUACGAUGGAGACAGAUUUAGCGCCGUUUUAUAAAGCUUCGUGCUUGAAAGCCUUGGAAAGUCGGAGAUUUGAUAAGGUGAAGGUAGUCCGGGAGACUAUGAACCAGGCACUGGAGUUGUGGAAGGUUCUUCUUGCCGGCGAUUCUGAAGAGAUUCCUGCUCCAAUUAAAUCCAGAUCUUCAACUGAUAAUGGGAUUGGUCGAGGCUCUCCUCCGUCAUUAAAAAGUUCCGAUGAUCCCGGUUUUAGGACUCCUCAACCAAAGAAAACAGUCCCCACAAACAGGUCCCCUCCAUCAGAUGCUUCUUUGGUGACCACAGCUAAAAAGGGAAAUCCUUUAAGUAGAAGUGAUAGAAACCCAGACACGGCUGUGCUCCAUCCUCAAGAUUUGGCUGCUUCUGCACUUCCACCAUGGCUGCUGCCUUUGAAUAAUGACACUCUAUUUAUAUGGGAUGACGCCUGUCGCAAUGCCUUUGAGAGCAUAAAAAAGUACUUGGCAAGCUCAUCUGUCUUAGGAGAUUCUAUGCCUGCAAAGCCUCUCAUCUUGUACAUUGCUGCACAAAAGGGUUCCAUUGAAGCACUCUUGGCACAAGAAAAUGAAGACCAAAAAGAAAUAGCACUUUACUACCUAAGUAGAACUCUCACUGGUGUCGAGCUUAACUACUCAUCGCUCGAGAAGAUAUGCCUUGUCUUAGUAUUUGCCGUCCAAAAGCUAAGACACUACAUGCAUGGUUACACCAUCCACUUGGUCUCUAAAGCUGACCUAGUCAAGUACGUUAUGUCUAAACCUGUUCUGACAGGGCGACUAGUUAAAUAA